UCCCAGGCAGCUUUGAAUGCAGCCCACUUCACCGAGGAAACAUGGGAUUUAAUUAGGUAGAAAAGUUAGUUACGGUAAAUUUGAAAUCCUCUGGUAAGAAAACAGGGAUUUGGCGAUACAACUUGAACAUAUAGGGAUGAGUUUUCUCUAAACUUUGACAACUAGGUAAGUUUUACUCUGAUUUUGGAACAACUUUUCUAAAAGCAACAAUGUUCCAUUCAGUGGGAGGAGAGCCCACUGUGGGCUCCGACCCGGAAACCAGAUUAGCUCCGGUAAACCCCAGAGCAGUCUGUAAUCUGUGCAAACGGCUGUACCGUGAUCCUAAAAUCCUGCCCUGCCUGCACACCUUCUGCUCCGACUGUAUCGAGCAGCUGGAGCCGUUCUCGGCGCCUCGGGGCUUCAGAAAUGGCCCGGAGGACGGCGGCGCUAGGACCGGGGGGGAGCGAGUGUCGGUCACCGUUCUCUGCCCUCAGUGUGACACCGAGGUGGAUAUCCCUGAGGCAGGACCGGCCGGGCUCAGCACGGACCACCUGGCCCUGGAUGAAGUCUUCCUGGAGACCCUGGUGAGCGACGGCCCGCUGGGCUGCGACCUGUGCGGGGAAGGCAGCGCGGAGAGCCGCUGUGAGGUCUGCUGCGUGAAGCUGUGCGGGUUCUGCUGCCAGGCGCACAGGCGGCAGAAGCGGACAGCGUCUCAUUCUCUUCAGGCCGUGGAGGAGCUAAAGGCUCGAGGUCGUCUCUGCCGCCCCGUCCUCUGCUCCCUUCACCCCGGACAAGAGCUGAGGCUCUUCUGCCAAACCUGCGAACUGUCCGUAUGUCUGGAGUGCGCGGCCACGCUGCAUCGGGACCAUCGCUGCUGUCCAACAGGUGACAUCAUUGACCACCAUGGUGACCGGAUCCGGGAGCUGGUCAGCGUGCAGCUUCGACCUCGCCUGCAGAGACUGGAGGAGUCGCUGCAAAAGGUCGAUAUUUCCCAAGAAAAUCUGCAGGUUCGAAUAGAUGCAACGGCCAAUGAAAUUCGAGCUUUUGCACGAGGCUACGCCAGUGCCGUGGAGGCUCACUGCUUGUCCCUGCUGCGCCGCCUAGAGGAGCUCAGGGUGCAGCGCAGAAACCACCUCCACCUGCAGAGGGCGCAGCUGCAGCAGGCCCUGCUGGAUGUCAGAGGGAGUGUGGAGUUUGCAGAGCGGCUCCUGAGCUGUGGAUCUGACGCUGAGAUCCUCAGUACCAAAGGCGUGACUCUAAAAAGAUUGACCACUCUGGCUGAGAGUGGAUUCGACCCCCACCUGGCAGCGGUGGCCCCUGACGAUGGCAGCAGUAUUUGCUUCCUGCCCAGGGAGCCGGCGGGAGAGGUGGAAGGCUACCCAGUGGUGGGUGUGAUCAACUCGAGGACGGUGGACGUCAGCAGGUGCACCAUCGAAGGGGAAGGUCUGCAGCAGGGAACGGAGGGCCAGAGGGGACAAUUCACUCUGGUGUGUCGAGACUCCGGUGGAGAGCAGCUGAGCCGAGGAGGAGAACUGGUCCUGGUCAGCAUCGUCCACAAAGAGAAGAAAAACUGCACAAUAGAGACGACGGUGGCAGACAACAGUGAUGGAAAGUACAGCGUCUCCUACAAACCCGAGGAACCAGGGCAGUACUCCGUUUGGGUUUGUGUCAGAGGCCAACAUGUUAAGGGUUCUCCAUUUAAUCUGAAUGUGAAGAGGAAGUUCAGGCACCACGGCGGGACCUUUCACUGCUGCACCUUUUGCUCCAGUGGUGGAGCUAAAGAGGCUCGCUGUGGGUGCCCAGGAACCAUGCCAGGAGGAUUUAAAGGCUGCGGUCACGGCCAUAAGGGGCAUCCAGGGAAGCCUCAUUGGUCUUGCUGUGGCAGCACAGUGGAGAAGUCUGAGUGUUUGCCUCAGAGCAUACUGGCUGCCGUUUCCCCUCGGGGACACCUUCGAACUGCAGAGCUCUGAUAAGAUGGUGAAGGGGACAGCAGGAGGGUCAGAGAAGCUGGGAAGUUAGACUCGGUUUGAAAGUGUAAAGCUAAAAAAGGUUCAACAUGGAGGAAGAGAGACUAUGGAGAGAUAAUCGGUCUGCUGGCUUCUGUAGCUACAGCUCAGCCAGGAGGAGAAACCUAAAGGAGUUUCUCCUCUGGGUUAAAGCUCCGGGGUCACAAUGAGGAAAAUAAUAUUGUGUUUAAAAAUCUAAUGUUUCGCCUUUAAAAUCUUGUUUUCUUUGUUUUUGUUUUUUUUAUUGGGAAACAACCCUAAAGGGUCCACCAGUUGGGAAAGUAAUAAAGUACAUACAAGUUAAAGAUUUAGAGAUGGUUCUGGGAAGUCCUGCUGCCUGAUAUUUUGUACCCCCCCCCCCACAGUAUGUUUCAGUGUAGCCUUUUAUUGUGGGAAGUCUAAUGCACACCUGUGCACUAAUCACAGGUCUAAUCAGCAUCUUGAUAUGGCACACCUGUGAGGUGGGAUUAAUUAUCUCAGCGAAGGAGAAGUGCUCAUUAAUACAGAUUUAGUUUAGCUCGUGAACAAUAUUUGAUGGAAAUGGUGAUAUUGUGUAUGUGGAAAAAGUUUUAGAUCUUUGAGUUCAUCUCAUGCAAAUAAAGGCUUUCACAUCAAUUAAAGGGUAGG